AUGGCUCUUCUCUCACAAUCGCUAGCCACAGACCUUGACACACCCAGCCUUUGUCAAGCCGCCCCCAAGCGUAAGUGCCCGCACUGCGAGUACUAUCCUUAUCGCCAAGAGAAAAAGGUAUGCGAGGCUUGCGAGUUCAAGAUGGGCGAAAAGGGCGUGAGGAUCUAUUUUGAGAGUAACGAGAAGAACUGGGUUGUUUAUCACCUCGUUCGAGAAGGAGAGCUACCGGCCAGGAAUAUACUAGAGGAUCACAUGCGCACACGACUUGUUAACGAGAAUCGCUGUCGACGACUGUCAUGCGCAGUGGAAAGAUUCUCCGUUUACGUCCACUGCGACCCAUGCCGAGAGGAGCUCACGAGCAAAGGCCGUCUUGCUGACAUGAAGGAUCCAAGGGCUGUCCCCGAGACAUCUGUUGACUACCUUCGGGCGUUGGGCUACUCUGAGACAGGGUUUGCUAUGAGGAUUGCUAAGAAUGAGACUUGGAUUCUGCCUGAGGACUGGAGAUGGGAGAGCUCACUGGGUCAGUUUGUGCAUCCUGAUCGCAAGAUAUACAACGGGAAUCUGGAUCCUGAGGAGAUGGUUUGA